AGUCUGCCCGCCGCUGACCCCGCCGCGCCGCCGAGCCGCCCGCCGCCCGCCGCCGCGAUGGCGUCCCAGCGCUACCCGCCGCCGCCGCCGCCCAGCCCGGUCAGUGACAGAUCCUGUACGGACGUGCUCUGCCUGCUGCUGUGGCUGGCGUUCGUGCUGGGCUGGGCGGCCGUGGCCGUGGUCGUCUACAGCCAGGGAGACCCGGACCUGCUGCUGCACCCGACCAACUCGGACGGCGAGCCGUGCGGCGCCCCCGGCACACAGGUGGAAGACAAGCCCUACCUCGCCUACUUUGACAUGACGGAGUGCAGCGUCGCCCGGUCAGAGACGGUUGGAUGUCCGACGCCACAGGUCUGCGUGGCUCAGUGUCCCACGGCCACCUACGAGUUCGCCAAUGAGGAUUGCGGCCAGGUACUGGACAAACUAGUCUGCAGGUCUGAUAUAAAGCCGACCAAAGCAACCUGCAAGGCUAUGCUGGAUGAUAAGCGGUGCGCUAAAAUCGUGCUCAAGAGUGUACCGAUGAUGGACCGUUGCAUCCCAAACAUUCUUGAAUCGGAUAUCAGUGCAAACAAUAAGGUACUAGACCAUCUCGGCCGUGAGACGUCGGUCAGCGUGGACGACCUGCGCAGCGGCGCGGACGGCGCCGGCCGCUUCACGCGACUGCAAGAGCUGGGUGCCGGCGCGUUCAGUGACCUCCAGAACUCCUGGUGGGUGAUCGUGGUCGCGUGUGUCGCCUCGGCGCUGCUCUCGCUGCUCUGGACGUUCCUGAUGCGAUUCAUCACCACGAUUCUCAUCUGGACUGCGUUCAUCGGCCUGAUAGGCGCCACAAUCUACGGUUGUGUGUUCACCUACCUCCGCUACGACCAGGUCAAGGCCACCAGUGGCGACAGCACCAGCUUCAACCCGCUGGACGCCUUCACACAGGGCUUCGGCUCACUGCUCGACCAGCCAGAGGUGUGGAUGGCGUUCUUCGUCAUCCUGUGCGUCGUGGCCGUCCUGCUGCUGCUGCUGCUGCUGGUGCUCUACAAGCGGAUCCGGGUGGCUACGGCCAUGCUCAGUCAGGCGAGUCGUGCCGUCAACAGCGCGCUCAGCACACUGUUUUUCCCACUGGUGCCGUUCGCGCUGCAGCUGGGCGUGGUGGCGCUCUUCCUCAGCGUGGCGCUGUUUACCGCCUCCACCGGCAGCCCCACGUACCGGGUAACAAUGCCGGGCGGCUGCACGUGCUCGCAGUACCUUCCCAACGAUGUGUGCACGCCGGAAACAUUCAGUGCUGCGUGCUCAGACCAGGCCUGCCUCGGCGGCUGUGCAUUCGCCGGCUACGAGCCGCACCCGGCCGCCGUCUAUAUCCAGAUUUACAACGUGUUCGCGCUAUUCUGGGGGCUAUUCUUCUGUUCGGCUCUCGGUGAGCUCAUUCUCGCCGGCGCGUUCGCCGGUUGGUACUGGACGUUCGACAAGAAGCACGACCUGCCCAGCCUGCCGGUCCUGUCGAGCGCCGGCCGCGCCUUCCGCUACCACCUCGGGACGGUGGCAUUCGGCUCCCUCAUCAUCGCCAUCAUCCGCAUGGCGCGCGCCACCCUCGAGUACAUCCAGCGUCAGACCAAGGGCGUCGACAACCCGCUGGCUCGCGGCGUCAUCUGUUGCUGCAAGUGCUGCCUCUGGUGCUUCGAGAAGUUCAUGCGCUUCAUCAACCGCAACGCGUACAUCGUGUGCGCCAUCUACGGCACCAAUUUCUGCGCCUCGGCCAAGGACGCGUUCUCGCUGCUGAUGCGGAACAUCCUGCGCGUCGUGGUCGUCAACAGCGUCUGUGAGGUGAUGCUGCUGAUGGGGAAGCUGGUGAUCACCGCGCUGGUCACCAUCGCCUCCUUCUACUUCAUGGAGGACCGGAUCCCGAUCGAAGGUCUGGAUCGGUUCGUGCCGACCACGCAGCACAGCUGGGUGCCCAUCACCACCGUGGCCAUCGCAUCCUUCUUCAUCUGCAGCGUCUUCUUCAGCGUGUACACCAUGGCCGUGGACACCAUCUUCCUCUGCUUCCUGGAGGACAUCGAGCGCAACGACGGCUCGCCAGAGAAGCCCUUCUACAUGUCCAAGAGUCUGAUGAGCCUGCUCGGUAAGAAGAACAAGCGGACCAGCUCCAGAGAUUUGACUGAGUGAUUGGCGAUUCCAGCCGAACGUGGUAGACAAUUCCAGAGACCACUCGAGUGCCAAUCAGGAUGUCGUGAAGUGCGGGAACUGGGCACCACGGUCAAACGCCUGUGAUGGGGCAAAGUCUAUGGUGCGACUACAAUCGCCGGGUAUUAUCUUUGUUUCUAUUUAUCCGCAAAAGUGGCGUGCAAAAAGACAGUGUGAAAGACUGGGUGUGCAGUGUGCAGGGUACCAGAUACUGUGAAUAUGUGAAGGAGAUAGUCUGGUUUGUGCGGUAAAGUAUGGAAUCGAGACAUAAAGCUGUGUGGUAAUAUAUGAUGAGUAAUGGUCGCAUAGCUACACUCUAAGUGUUUUAUGAAAGCAUAUUGUACUAUACAAUAUUAUAAAAUGGAAUUGAUGAGUAAUGAGAUGAAUAUACGAGAAUCCAGUUUUCUAUAAA